AUAGGAGCAGUUUGCAAGCUUAGUCUUCGUACCUGCACGAGUCUCUUCUGUACAUCUGAGAGCACAGAGUCUAGAACUAUGUCUUCGGUUUGAGUAUAAUUCGUCCCCAGCCGCCGGUACUUGAAAGCUGCGAGCUGUUGUUCUACGCACAUAUUUCAGGUGAGGUACGUACCAUGGCUGCAUGAGUCGUGGAGUCCUUUCGACUGGUUUCUGAAUCACCUGAAAUUUCAACGAAUUAUAUGUUCAGGUGAGGUACGUACCAUGGCUGCAUGAGUCGUGGAAUCCUUUCGACUGGUUUCUGAAUCACCUGAAAUUUCAACGUAGCCGUGAAGGUGGGGGAGCGUGCGAUGGACCAAGAAAGCUGGGGAAGCAGCAGGGCAAGCUUGCGCAUCACGGCCACGGGUCGAAAGCUCCUCUGGGCUUCUUAUCUGUGCUCGAUCGUCCUACUCGUACAAUAUCUAGCGCAGCCGGCUUGUGCGGAUCCGGUCCUGGCCUCAAGCGUGGGCUUCUGCAAGCCCGUGCGGUUGGAGGCGACAGCAGAGGAGAAAGACAGAAGUGUGCAAUGCUGUCUUCCGGCUCCACGGCGAGCUACCAAAAGGUUCAAAUUGCCACACGUGCACCAUCUGCGCGUGCGCAGGCCUGCUCAUGAGCUGGCCAACGAUGUGGAGUACGUGAACAAGUAUAACCUGGCUUACGAGAGAAUGAACGCGCUGCCCGCUGACGAUCCCAGGAGCUUUCUCAGACAAUGGCACACUCACUGCUCCUUCUGCAAAGAGGCUUACCUUCAGAGAAGGCUGAAUAGCUCGACCACCGGAUAUCCCCUGCAACUGCACUACAGCUGGACCUUCCUGCCAUGGCACAGGAUGCUGAUCUACUUCCACGAGAAGAUUCUGGGCAGUCUCAUCGACGACCCCGACUUCACUCUCCCGUUCUGGAACUGGGACAACCAGCUGGACGCCACUGCGGGCCAAAUUCCUCAAAUUUUCCUGCCUUACCAGCAGUCGAAUAGAUGGCCUCGACAGCACGGACGGCAUGGAAAGAUCAGGAACACGUUCCUGUACGAGGGCAAGCGCCGCAACCCCAACCACAUGCCCCCGAAGAUUCUUCCGCUCACCUUCGAUGCAUCACUCGAGAAGGAGCGGGCAAAUUGGACUCACGCCCAGAUCAGGCACGCCAACCUGGGCCAGGUUUACGAGAUGGUUUACAACAAGGUGAGCGCCAGAGAGUACCUGGGAGGUCCAUACGACACCAACUCCAACUUCACGGAGGCUGUCAAUGUCACCGUCGGUGAGUCCGGCGGCUCAGAAUCGCUGCACAACACUGCUCACGAAUGGGUGGGCAUGCUCAACAACACCGCCUAUCCCGACAACGAGGACAUGGGCGUGUUCACGUACGCCGGGCGCGACCCGAUCUUCUACUCUCACCACGCCAACGUCGACCGUCUGUGGAAUGUCUGGAAAGCUCUUCCGGACAAGAUCACUCCCGACGGGCACAGGGUCCGCAAGGACUACGACGAUUACGACUUCCUAGAGACGGAGUUCACAUUCUACGACGAGAACGCAGACAUGGUGAUCGUGAAGGUGAAGGAUACGCUUGAGAGCAACAAGCUGGGCUACACGUACCAGCCCAUGGUCGAAGCAGACAGCCUGUGGAUCAACCACAAGCCCAACGGGACCAAGCCCAGCUACAAACGCAGCGACGUGAGGUUCAGCACCAGCAAUGCCAUCGGAAGGCAUCCCACGAGCUUCAAGCUCACACGCCGGGCUCCCACGGCGGCUGAUCUCCGAGGCACGCAGGCCCAGAACGUGAAUCAGCUGAGCGAAGGCGUGGUGUUUGAGCAUGUCCGCGUGCCCGAGCUCAUGUAUGUGCGCUUCGACGUUUUCCUCGACUCCCCCACGGCUACGGCCGAGACUGACGAGGACGAGUCAGCCUAUGUCGGCACCUUCACUCACCUCCCCAGCGGAGUGACGACCGUGACGGAUCUGGGCCAGAAGAUGGUGCACGUCGAGGACGACGACAUGUACCGCACCCUCAACAUUCGCUUCAGCACUUCCUUGGCUUUGAAGAGGCUGGGCGUCACAGACUGGAACACCGACAUCACCGUGACUGUCGUGCCCAGGUUCAGACCUCAUGGCUACGGCUGGAACAUCAAGGCCCUCAAAUUCGAUUGCCUCAGACAAGAAUUCACAUGAUCUCGCAAAUCACAGAACUCGCUUGCACGCAUGCACUUGCUUGAGACUCUUGUCCUUGUGCUGUGCGUCUGGUGAUUGUGAUGAGAUAUCAGCUGGUCUGGACUGUUACCAGGCGCUUCUCAAUAAACUAACACCAUUCCGGGCCGAAGCAUGAACGCUCGACCUGCAGUUCACGUAGCUUCUUAGCCCAUCUGCAGGUCCGUUUUCUAGGUAAUAAUCCAGUGUCUAAGACAUCUGGUGAGGUCUGUAUGCUCGGCCCAGAAAUUUGCGGGCAUCAUCCAAUAAAACAUGCCAGCGUCUAUCACAACGAGGACUUUCCCUCGCA